CCCCGCCGGGAGAGCAUGCCCCGCCCGGAGCGGCCCAGCGACGCCUAGAUGGCUCUGGUCACCGUCCAGCGCUCUCCCACCCCCAGCGCCACCUCCAGCCCCUGCGCCUCGGAGGCAGACAGUGGGGAGGAGGAAUGCCGGUCACAGCCCAGGAGCAUCAGCGAAAGUUUCCUCACUGUGAAAGGUGCCGCCCUCUUCCUGCCGAGGGGAAAUGGGUCAUCUACGCCCAGAAUCAGCCACCGACGCAACAAGCAUGCAGGGGAUCUUCAGCAGCACCUGCAGGCGAUGUUCCUGUUGCUUCGCCCAGAAGACAACAUAAGAUUGGCUGUUCGACUGGAGAGUACGUAUCAGAACCGCACUCGGUAUAUGGUGGUGGUAUCGACCAAUGGUAGGCAAGACACUGAAGAAAGCAUCGUCCUGGGAAUGGAUUUCUCCUCCAAUGACAGUAGUACUUGCACCAUGGGCUUGGUCCUGCCCCUCUGGAGCGACACCCUCAUUCACUUGGACGGCGAUGGUGGGUUCAGCGUUUCAACAGAUAACAGGGUUCAUAUUUUCAAGCCAGUGUCCGUGCAGGCAAUGUGGUCUGCGCUGCAGAGUCUGCACAAGGCGUGCGAGGUAGCCCGAAGUCAUAACUAUUACCCAGGCAGCCUGUUCCUUACCUGGGUGAGUUACUAUGAGAGCCAUAUCAACUCGGACCAGUCAUCAGUCAACGAAUGGAAUGCCAUGCAAGAUGUGCAGUCCCACCGCCCAGACUCCCCGGCACUCUUCACCGACGUCCCAACUGAACGAGAGCGUACUGAACGGUUAAUUAAGACCAAGCUAAGGGAAAUCAUGAUGCAGAAGGAUCUGGAGAACAUCACGUCCAAAGAGAUCCGUACCGAGUUGGAAAUGCAAAUGGUGUGCAACCUGCGAGAGUUCAAGGAGUUUAUAGAUAAUGAGAUGAUCGUGAUCCUUGGACAGAUGGACAGUCCCACGCAGAUCUUUGAACAUGUAUUUCUGGGCUCCGAGUGGAAUGCCUCCAAUUUGGAAGACUUACAGAACCGAGGGGUGCGAUACAUCUUGAAUGUCACUCGGGAGAUAGAUAACUUCUUCCCAGGGGUCUUCGAAUACCAUAACAUCCGGGUGUAUGACGAGGAAGCUACAGAUCUCCUAGCGUACUGGAACGACACGUACAGAUUCAUCUCAAAAGCAAAGAAACAUGGGUCUAAAUGCCUCGUGCACUGCAAGAUGGGGGUGAGCCGCUCAGCCUCUACCGUGAUCGCCUAUGCCAUGAAGGAAUAUGGCUGGAAUCUGGACAGGGCCUACGAUUACGUCAAGAAGAGGCGCACGGUGACCAAGCCCAAUCCCAGCUUCAUGAGGCAGCUGGAAGAAUACCAAGGGAUCUUACUGGCAAGCAAACAACGGCACAACAAACUCUGGCGGUCCCACUCGGACAGUGACCUGUCUGACCACCACGAGCCCAUCGGCAAGUCGGGGAUGGAGCUCAACAGGAAAGAGAUCACCUCUUCCGCCGACCAGAUCACGGAGAGCAAGACCCUGGACAGCCACUCGUCCAUUCCUCCCCUCUUCAUGGAGCACGUGGUCCAGCCCGACGCCAACCCCAAGGAACUGUGCCCCCAGGACAGGAUGAUCUGUUUUGAGUUUACAUCCAGGGAGUUCCAUACUGGACAGAUAGAGGACAAACUGAACCUGAAUAAUCUCAAUGGCUGCCCCACCAGCUGUUUCUCUCUUGACAACUGCCACGUGCCCGAGGCCAUGUUACAACCUCAACGGCCCUUAGAGAUGGCCCCAGCCUUUCUGGACCUGACCUUGGAAGACCUGGAGACGGACGCGCUGAAGACUGACAACAGCGUCCAUUUGCUGCCCAUGGAAGAGCUGACGUCCCGGCUGAAGGACCUUCCCGCGUCCCCCGACCCGAGCUCCCCGAGCCCCCAGCCCUGCCCGCAGGCCGAGGUCUCGGAUUUCAGCACGGACAGGAUCGACUUCUUCAGUGCCCGGGAGAAGUUUGUGGAGCUCUCCCAGGAGACCCGCUCCCGCUCCCACUCCAGGUCGGACGAGGCCGGCGCGGGGAGGAACGGGCUCUCCCGCCUUUCGGCUUCGGAGGCGGCGCCCCCGGAAGUCGGGGGGGACGGACAGAGGAGCACCUCCUCGAGCAACACCCCACACACGUCGGAGUCUUCCACAGACGAGGAGCAGCCAAAGGAAGUCCCCGAGCCGAUGAACACCGGCCUCCCACGCUCCCACUCAGAAAAUGCCAUUUCGGUGAAGGAAAUCAUAACCGAGCUCGAGUCCAUCCACCAAGGCAUCGGACAGUGCCAACAGAAGGCAGACGCCCCGCCCAACCCGUGCCACACGCCAAAGAGGAGCGCCGUCCAGGAGUCGCCCGCCGAGGUGGCCUGCGUAGCUGACAGCAAACCCGCCAACCCGGGGCCGGACCCGGGGAGAAACCCAGGGAGAUGGGGUCCGGAAGGCUCCCCCGGGCCGCCGCAGCCCCCUCCGGCCCUCGAAGAGGGGGACUCUGGAGAAGAAGAGCCGGAGCCCCGGGGCCCGGCGGGCAACCCGGGGCCAAAAUGGUGUCCUGGGUCAGUGAGGCGGGCAACCUUGGAGUUCGAAGAGCGUUUAAGGCAAGAGCAGGAGCACCAUGGCGCUUCCCCUAUAUGUACAUUGCCCCCUCGAAAGAAUUCGAAGAAUGACCCAGCCCCGGCUGAAACGACGCCGAGGGGGAAGAACGAGGGCCUGGCGCUGGAGCCCCCGCCUGGGCCCCGGGAGCCGGAGAUAAGCGGGGUCGACGGGAAAGGCGGCGGGUCGGAGGCCGGGUCGCCCCCCAAGCCUGAGGCAGAGCCUCACCCCGCCCCAGUCACGCAGGAUUCCCUGCUGCCAGACCCCUGCCCCAAGCAAGAAGGGGCACCCAAAGAACAUAGGACAGUGAUCCUGGGCACAGGGUCCGAGGCACCAGCCCUCUCCGGCCCCUGUUCCAAGAAGAUAGAGAUUAUUGAGUAUCCCCAAGAGGUCAAGCCUCCCGACCCUCAGCGGGCGGAGCCCGGCGGGUGCAUGGGGGAGAAGAACGGGGAGCGAGGGCUGUCCAAAGCCAAGGGGGAGAAGCCCAGCCCGGGGCCCAUCUGUGCCCUGGAUGAAAAUCGCAACAGCACCCUGUGCCCGGAAAUGGCCCCUCCGCGGCCGGGGGCGCUGCCCCUGGCCCCCGCCGGCCUCCCCCGAGCCUCGUUCACCCUCGGGAGCCCCGAAGAAGAGGUCCCCAGCCCCCCGGCCCCCACCAGGUCCGCCGCCCCCUUCCUCAGCCACGUGGCACACUUGCCUUCCGCUAACUUGGAUUUCCUGCAGCCCCGGGCCUUGGUUCACAUCGAAGGCGUAACGGAGCAGGACAGCACCACGGACCUCGACGCCGCAGCGCCCGGCACCUGGCAAGGCGGCCCGGCCCCGGGCUGGGACGGCAGAGAGGGGCCGCCCAGGAAUGGUGAAAACCUAAUAGGUCAGCACACCGAGAGUGGACACGAUCGCCCCGAGGGGCGGCCCACCUGCUCCCUCACGUCCCCAUUACCCCUCGGUCCACCCCACUGCGGCGGCGGCAGUACCAGUCAGAGCCUCAGCCCCAGGCGGGCAGAGGGACGGGCACGGGACACGGAGGCCCGGCUCCGGCACGCCGGGCUCACCGCCCCGUCGCAGAUGAAGCGCUCCGCCUCACUGGCCAAGCUGGGCUGUCUGGAUCUCUCCAAGGACGAUUUCUCCACGAAGGGGACCGCCUCUCCCGAGACGGCCUGCCCCUGCCCCGCUUUGCCCCGGAGUCCCGGCGGGGCAGACCCGACGGGGCCGAGGGUGGAGCCCGGCCCGGAAGAGCCCCAAGCCCACCCCCAAGAUCCAGAGCCCACCAAGUAUUUUGUAGAACAGCUGAAAACAACAGAGUGCAUUGUGCAGAGCAAGCCAAUAGAGACACCUCUCGUGCAGUACGCCAAAGACUUUGGUUCAGCGCAGCAGAACUGGUUCCCCAACCCAGGACUCCGGUUGACUCGCUCUGAGGGGGGAUGUCCAUCGCCACAGGCCCAGGGGCCGGACUCCCCCCGCCCUGCCCCACCGCUGGCUCUAUCGGUCCACCAGCAGUAUGGAAGAACUCACCCCCUUAGAAGAUUGAAACGGUCUAAUGACCAGCGAACAACCCGCCCUUUCUACAAUACCAUGUGACCCUGAGCCCCCCGGGGUGAUUAAAAAAAAAAAUUUGUUCUUAUACGGGGCAGGUGUAAUAUGUAAGGAACAUGCACUUUAUUGGUUCAUUUUAUAUGUUUUGUUCUUUUGUCAUUUUACUGUUGGCGCAUGCAGGGUUUGGGUUUUCUGUGCGGGUGACUCAGACUGCAAAACCGUUGGUUUUUUUGUUUUUUUCCUUUAAACUCAACCUCAUAAACCUCAUUUUCCAAGAGCACCUUGAGCAAAGCCGAUUGCUGUUUUUCAAUCGACCAUCACCUGCCUUGUGCCACCUUCCCUCCCCUCCUCCUUCCCCAACUCCCCCCUCCGCCCCCAGGAAGUCCGGAUCGCCUGGCAGAAGGGAAGGAGGAGAUGGAGGGGCGCCGGGUGGCAAGGGGAACACGAAGCCGCCGAUGGGGUCCGGAGGGCAGCAGAGCUCUCAGACUCGGACCUUCCGGCUGAAUCCACGGGAGAACGCCCGGCGACCGAUGGCCGGGAUCGCUCUCUCGCAGCUCCAGGGCGGAGGCCAGAUGGGCCGGCGGCGGCUGGGCGAAGUCGCCCGUCCCGGCGCCGGGGGUGGAACUUCAGCCGGCCACACGCCGGGCUUAGAUUCACCAGCACUAAGGCAACGUGAAUUUGGAAGCGGGUCCUUCCGCCCCGAGAGGGCUAGCGGGAGAGGGUGUUGCGGUGGUCGGGGAUGGGAGCGCUAGGCCAGGCUGUGCCUCUUAGCUAUGGCUCCUGGUCCCCCCUACCCUGACGAACCCUUCCAUUGAAAGCAGCAAUUGGCCAGUCGGGUGUUCUUUGAAAGUGAACGCUUCUAUAGGGUUUAACCCUUCCAUUACUUGAAUACGGCUUUGGGCCCUCCCAGUUCAAUGGCCACGUAUUUCUCCCCACCCCCACCCCCCCAUUUAUUUUUCCCCCUUGCCGUGUUUCCUACAAUGCUGCCUGUGUUUUGUCUUUUUUGUUGUUGUUGUUGUUGUUGGUUUUUUAGGACUGUUUGAAUUGUUACAUUAUGUAUGGAUUUCCUCUUUUGAAUGCAAAGCUUUCCUUUCUGUACUAUCACUGUUAACUUGACCUAAGGUGGUUUUUUUCCCUUUCCUGGAAGUUCUGUCAUUUCCCUAAAUUGUAUAUACAGUAUUUAUGUAGAUAAUUUUGUCAUUUUCUUACAA